AGGCGCAGACCUUUCGUUCCUCCAGUGCUGUCUAGGUGUCUGUGAGAGGUGCGCGCGUUUAGUGAAAGUCUCCGUCCAGCCCACAGAAAUUGACGACGACAACUACAACACACAGUGUGGGUGUGCGUCGGACCGACCGAGUUUUUUUGCACCAGGAGGAGAACUGAACGCGUGUGUGUGCGAUUCGAGAAGAAAGGCAGGCAGGCAGCGUGGAAGAUGAGCAGCUCGGCGGCAGUUCCCACCAUCCGGACGGAGGCGAACACGGCCCGAGGCUUCGUCGUCAGCAUCGCCGUCAACUGCAACGAGCCGCAGCUCCCGCCGAAGCCGGAGAGAGGGGCAUCCUCGGUGGUGCACGUCGGCGAUGUGGGUCGCUCUUCCGUGGUCAGCAGUCUGCAGGCAGCCAUGGUCCGGCCCGGAGAGUACUUCUUCUUCGAGCAGCCGCUGAGCUCGCCGACCGACAGCGGCACCGGCAGCGACUUCGACGGCUCGACGCCACUGGCCAAGCGGCGCCAGGUUCACGUCGCCGACGAGGAGGAUGACUCCAUCAGCUGCGACUCGCUCAACUCGAGCGAGUUGUCCGAACUUUCGGACACGCUCGACUCCAUCAAGGUGCUCAAGAUUGCAUCGCCGGCGCCGCCGCCGGUCGUCGUGGCGCCGUACGGCACCACCCUCAGCCGUCCCAAGCCCAGGGUGAUCGAGGAGGAGGGCUUCGACUUCCACAUCAACGAGCACGAUGAACGCAGCCAGGCCAAAUUCGAGGAGGAGACCUUCGCCGGUGUCAAGGACGUGCUGAGCGAGCGCGGCGCCAUCCGCAGUGCUAAGGGCACCGUCCGCGGAGUCAAGAACAGGGUGCGAGCUGGCAUUGCCACCUUCCUGCAGCUUGAGGACAAUAAGGGUUUUAAGGACAAGGAGCAGGGCAAGCUGGUGGUCUACACGACGACCAUGGGCGUUGUGAGGUCUACCUACCUGCGGUGCGUCAAAGUCAAACAGAUCCUGAGGACGUUGUUGGUCAAAUUCGAGGAGCGAGACGUCUUCAUGAGCAUAAACACGCAACAGGAGAUCAAGAACAGGAUGAAGACCAACCAAGUUGUCGUUCCGCAAGUUUUCCUCGACGGACAUCACCUCGGAGAUGUGGACACGAUCGAGAGGCUUAACGAGUCCGGCGAGCUGAGGAAGCUCCUUCGACCGUUCAAAUGCAUGGGCGCGAGUACCCCCUGCAACGCGUGCGGCGGCUACCGGCUGCUGCCCUGCAGCAUGUGCAACGGAAGCAAGAAGUCGGUGCACCGCAACCACUUCACCGCCGAGUUCGUGGCCCUCAAGUGCAUGACCUGUGACGAGUCCGGCCUCAUGAGGUGUCACUCGUGCUCCUAAUUCGCGGCGAGCAAAGUGCCUGGGAUUCGAACGUACCCUCUGUGAUUGAUUGACGUGUCAGUGCGUGAGCGAAGCUUGUUCACUCGCUUCCAAAUUUUAUUAAACCAUAUUAGUGAGUGUCGACAUUGGAAACGGUGCUGGGAAAAUGACGAAAAUACACACACGCGCCACCAGUGAAGCGGCCCUUUUGUCAUAGAAAUCGCAUCAGCUCAAUUGUAUUUACCGCGCAGAUGUAUUGUUCGUUUUAGAGAGUUGAAUGCAUUGAUGAAUUUCUGGUAAUACUGACGAGAAAGAACGUCACUUUUCAACUGGCAAAUAUAGUUUGAACUGACCAAAUUAUAAGCCAUCUUUACACUUACAUCAAUUGAUGAAUUUUUUAUCCUCUAUAUUUCGACAGUAAAUAAUUAUUUGCCAGUUAAACUAAUCUGAUUUCAAUCUUUUACUUUGCACUCAUUAUUAUUUGUCAUCUCGUCAUGAAGAAUUCUGUACUUUAAUUCAUACUUUAAUGAAUAUUUUUAACAUUUUAGAUGAAUUUGCAGAGCGGUUCUUUACUGUUUAUACUUUUAUUUAUUUAACAGUUGAAUAAAUGUUUUAAAUAUAUGUACUGCAACAAAUAAA